AUGAAUCAUCUACAUCAUCAUCAUCAUGAUAUAGCGACACCAACUACAAUAAUAGCUUCAUUCACAAAAAGAGAUGAUGCUUCAUCUGAUAUGCCAUCAUUACCUAAACUAUCAUCAGCUCCAAGUUUAUCAAUAACAGCCAUACCGAAAAAUCAAUUCAAUCCAUAUACAAAUGUACCGAAUUUACCACUGAAUCUAGUAUUUAUAAUAGUUGGAUGUAUUUUAGCAUCAAUUUUAAUUGGAGUUGUAUUGUAUCGAAUUAUAACUCAUUAUAUUUAUUCAUCAAAAGCUCAAUAUGAAAAAGAAAUUUAUUAUUCAAAUAAUGUAACAGAUUUAUCAACAAAUUAUUCAUUUCCAAUACGAUCAAGAGCUACUUCAUUUGUAGAUAGUUCAUCAACUUCUUCUCAAGGUAAAUCAUUACAAAAUCAUUUAUUAAGUGAUAAACAACAAUUUAGAAAAUCAAUGUUUAUAAAUCCAAGUUUAGAAUAUAAAUCUAUAAUUUUACAACAAAAUAAUUCAUCAUCAUUAUAUUUACAAACUAAUAAUUCAUCAAUUGGUUCUUUAAUGAAACCUUUAGGUCCUUAUUUAGAUUCAAAUACUAUAACUUCAAUUGGUGGUGAUUCUGAAAUUAAUGGUAAUUCUUCUAUAAAUAAUGGUAGUGUACAGACGACGUUGAGACCUCCUUCUUUAUACCUUGAAGAAUUGCUUAAUAGUAGUGAAGCAUUUAAUCGUAAUGAAGUAUGA